AUGGGUAGAUUCUACGACUGGCUUGCGGCCCCUGGCAAGAAGGGCCCGAUUGCAGAUGCCGCUCCAACCCAAAUUGUUGCUCGCCUUCCUAGCGGCGAUUCGGGCAACGACAAGUUAGCCGUCGCCGAGAUCACCGAAGUCUACUCCAAGGACAGCAGCUCGGUGCACAACGUUACCGGCUAUGUGGAUAAGCAAAAGGACGGGCGUCUCGAUCGUUGGCUGGACUGGGUGGUGUGGGCAUCCGGCUCCGAGCCCGUGUUCCUGUUUAUCGUGGCCGGUCUCUUGACUUGGGCCCUGGUGGGCAUCAAGUAUGGCGAGGCAGACUCAUGGGCAGUCAUGAUUUCGGACAUCCAGGCCAUCCUGAGCUACCUCUUUGACUCUCUGCUCGUGCGUCAGCAGCUCAACGGCUACGACAAGAUGAUUCGGCUAACAGCGACAUUGCGAUCGCGCAGCGCCAGCCACCAGCGCAUGCUCCGUACCGUCCAAGCCCGGGGCGAUGGCCUAGCGCGGGACAAUGUCGAGGCCACGAUCGAGCUCGAGCAGAGGUUCCAGCAAACGCUGGUCGAGGCGGGCCUGCCGCAAGAGAGCUGGCUGGGACGGGUGUCGACUCGGGCGUCGGACAUUAUGGGCCACUUUGUCACCCUUUGCCUGUACUGGGUGGGCAUCUUUGUCUGGCUCGGCUUCGGUCACUACUGCGGCUGGAGCGACCGCUGGCAGCUGUACAUCAACUCGGCGACGUCGGCGCUCAUGGUUCUCAUCUUUGCAUUCCUGGCCAACAUUCGCGAGCGCCACGCCCUCUUCACCAACCGGUGGCUGAACCUGCUGUUCGAGGCCGACUCGGCCGUGGAGCUGCGGCUGCGGCAGCUCACGGGCGAUGACACGCCCAACAAAGUCAUCGAGGUGCCUGCCCCGAAGAUGAGCCACCUGCAGCGCGCCAUCUUUUACUAUGCCGACUUUGUGGGUACGUUGACGGGCGUGGGCAUCCUGAUUGCUGUCAUUAUCGUGUGGGUGGCCAUCGGACCGGCCAUGGGCUUCAACUCCAAUUGGUGGCUGCUCAUCGGCACCUACGCGGGCCUCAUCGGCCUCAACGAUGGCUUUGUGCUGCGCAAUCUCCAGCACGAGCUGGCCCGCUACGAGGACGAUGCCUUUGAGGAGGCGAGCUUCUCCGACAUGGCGGUAAUGGGCGAGAUUGCGGUUGCCGACCCGGCGUCAAAGGUGGCCGGGGUGAGCCUAUCGCUGAGCUCGCGUCUGUCGGAGCGUAUGGGUGCCUUUUUCUCGCACGAGCUUGUCGUCAUGGCGGAUGUUGUCCUCAUCAUUGGCUUGAUCAUUGGCGCGAGUGCCAUGCGCUGGACCGUCACCGGCCAGUUGCUGUGCAACGUCCCCCCCAGCGUGAUUGAGACCUUCAUCAUGCUGAUUUUGAUUACCGGACACAACCUGGGCGAGGUUCGCCGGAGGGAAAGCAUCGAGAACAUGUAUCGUCGCAGGCUCAAGGUGCUCACGUAUGUCGACAUGGUUGCAGAGAAGACCGGCGACAAGGUAUAG